GGUGGUGAUGUUUUUAAAUGGGGGGUAAUAUAGACAAUUUGCCGAAAGAAAAAGAAGGAAAAUACUGAGGAAAUCGGAACCAAUCUCCCGCCAUUUUUUUUCAGUCACCUUCAGCGUCCCUAGCAUGCCGUCCGGAGUCACACACUCUGUCAGUAUAAAAACCCAACAACUCUAACCGUUCCUGCUCUCUUCUCUCUCCAUUUGAUGCUCUCUCUACGUUCAUUUUCUUCUCUAUCCUUCAUUUCUCUUCCUCACCGUAUUAUUUCCCCCUCUUCUUUCUUCGUCUCUUACCCCUCCUCUAAUUCCUCUUUUCUCUCUAAUCUCCUUUAUCUCUCUGUAAGCUCCCACUCUAAGUCCACAAUGUCAUCCUCUCGCCCCAACGCCUUCGACACUAUCAUGGCAAAUGCACGACGCGCCAGCCAGAAUAAAUCCCAGUCGAAGUCUCAGUCCACCUCCACCCCCAAGAAACGCAAAAGUCCAGGCACUGGAAACAUUGUCCAAACCGUAAAUUCUUCCCAACCUCGGCAGAAUCCUCCAAUCCCUGACUCAAGACCACCAUCUCAAAAUAAAAUAGACGAAUCUAAAGUGGAUAAAGAAUUGGUGAAUGAACCCCAAAACCCUAGCUCUGAAAAACCUAGUUUACCACUCGUCACCACCAAGAAACAGCGUGUUGAAAUUGCAGAGUUGAGAAGAAAGAUUGAGUCAUUGAAGAAGUCUCCAAUGGAAUUUGACCCCAAGACAGUGUUGUUUUGGGAGAAAGGCGAGAAGGUUCCUUUUAAAUUUGCUUGUUUGGCUUUUGAGUUGAUUGAAAAAGAGAGUGGAAGGAUUUUGAUCACUAACAUGGCCUGCAAUAUGUUGAGAACUGUAAUGGAUACGACGCCUGAUGAUUUACUGGCUUUAGUAUAUCUAAUGGGGAACAGGGUUGCUCCCCCGCAUGAAGGAGUGGAGCUGGGCGUUGGAGAACAAAUACUUAUGAAGGCACUUUCGGAGGCAUUUGGGAGGAAUAUUGAUCAAGUCAAGCGUCGAUUAGAUGUUGUAGGAGAUUUGGGACUUGUUGCUCAAGAAAGCCGUUCAUCACAGUCUAUGAUGCGCAAGCCUGAUCCAUUAACAGUUGCCAAGGUUUUUAGUACCUUCAAGAUGAUUGCCAAGGAAUCUGGGAAGGAUAGUCAAGAUAAGAAAAAGAAUCAUGUCAGGGCACUUCUUGUUGCAGCCGCUGACUGUGAACCUCUGUAUCUAAUUCGUCUGCUUCAGGCAAAAUUGCGAAUCAGUUUGGCAGGAAAGACUCUUUUGGCUGCACUGGGACAAGCUGCUGUUUGUACUGCCAAAUGCUCCACCCCACCUUCAGACAUUAAGUCUCCUUUAGAAGAGGCUGCAAAGAUUGUUAAACAAGUGUACUCUGUACUUCCUGUCUAUGAUAAAAUAGUACCUGCUCUUCUUAGUGAUGGAGUGUGGAACCUUCCCAAUAUCUGUAGCUUUACACUUGGUGUCCCAAUUGGACCAAUGCUUGCAAACUCAGUCACAAGUAUUUCUCAGAUAAUUAAUAAGUUUGAGAAUAUGGUUUUCACCUGUGAAUACAAGUAUGAUGGGGAACGUGCCCAGAUACAUUACCUGGAGAAUGGUUCAGUUGAGAUAUAUAGUCGGAAUGCAGAGCGGAAUACUGGAAAAUAUCCUGAUGUUGUUUCUACGAUUUCAAGAUUAAAGAGGCCUGCUGUAAAAUCAUUUGUUUUGGACUGUGAAAUAGUUGCUUACAACCGAGAAGAAAGGAAAAUCCUGCCCUUUCAGAACCUCAUUAAACGGGCCCGCAAAAAUGUUGCAGUGAGUGACAUCAAGGUUGAUGUUUGCAUAUUCGCCUUUGAUGUGUUGUAUCUUAAUGGUGAACAACUUAUUCAGGAACAACUGGAAGUUCGUAGGCAGCGGCUUUAUGAAUCAUUUGAGGAGGACCCUGGAUUUUUUCAGUUUGCAACAGCAGUAACAUCAAAUGAUCUUGAAGAAAUUCAAAAAUUCCUUGAUGCUGCUAUUGGUGCAAGUUGUGAGGGUUUGAUCAUCAAAACAUUGAAUAAAGAUGCUACAUAUGAGCCUUCAAAGAGAUCAAAUAACUGGCUAAAAUUGAAGAAGGAUUACAUGGAAAGUUUUGGAGACGCACUGGAUCUUGUACCUAUUGCUGCUUUCCACGGUCGUGGUAAACGUACAGGUUUCUAUGGCGCCUUUCUUCUUGCUUGUUAUGACCACAAUAAGGACGAGUACCAAAGCAUAUGCAAAAUAGGCACUGGAUUUUCUGACGAACUGCUCCAAAAUCUAUCUAAUAGUCUUCGCUCUAAAAUGAUUGCCAAGCCAAAGUCAUACUAUAGGUACGGAGACAAGAUUAAUCCAGAUGUGUGGUUCGAGCCUAGUGAGGUUUGGGAGGUGAAAGCUGCAGACUUGACUAUUAGUCCUGCUCACCCUGCUGCAUUUGGUCUAGUGGAAGAAGACAAGGGUAUAUCUCUCCGGUUUCCACGUCUAGUACGUGUCCGGGAGGACAAGUCUCCAGAGGAAGCUACAUCGUCCGAGCAGGUUGCUCAGUUGUACAGGAAUCAGGAUAAUAAUCAUAAAAAGGUCCAAGAUGACGUCGAUGAUGAUUGAGGCAAAGGGAUUCCCUGUAAAGAUGAGCAGCAUUGCAUUUGUAGAUACUAACAAUUUGUGAGUUUUGACCUUAAUACUGAAAGCAAGAAUGCAAAAUCUUUGCAUGGUGCGGCAUAUAUCAAAAUGAAAAAUUUUCAAUCUGAUUCAAGUUUUAUCUGUUAACUAAAAUUUUCUUCAAUCUAUCUAAAGCAAAAUCAUUUGAUCAUUGAUCAUUCGAUUUGUUAACAUUCAGUUAGUCUUUUGUUACUUUUCUUCCUUCCUCCGCCCCUCAAAAUCCGUUGAUGUAGUUGUAACAUAUGUUGCUUUCAAUAGGUUGUAAUUGUGAUAAUGAUUUAAUUUUCCAGCCCUAGUUGCAAUUGUUUUCAA